AUGGUUGGUUACCACGUUUGUGUAGCGUUUAUGGCUUUCUUGACAUCGCAAUUGGCGUUGCCAUUUGCCCGGGCAUACAUUCUUCGUUCUGAUUACUUUUUGAGCGCUUGGCGCGCACAACUGGUGAUCGAACCAAGUGAAGAGUCCCCGAUGGCCACCGGACCUGGGCUACUCACCCAUAGUGGCAGUGCUCUGCGCCAAACGUCAUCUUCUCUCAAGGGCAAUGGCGGAUCCUUCCGAAGCUACUCAACCUUCACUUCCCCGAAACGUGGACUGUCAAUGAGAAGCAGGUCUCAAUAUGCCACCAUCAAAACCAGCAUUUCCAGGAUCAGUACCAACGUGUCUUCCGUCACAAUCAAGGCAUGCCCCUUCGAUUGCGAGGGAAGAAACUACUGGUGGCGGAAGAAGCUCUGGUCAUUCUGGCGAAUUAUCAGAUUACGACCUCCGAUCUGCUUCUGUCCCCAGGCUAGCUACCUCCCCCCGAACACCAUCAAGACUCUUUGCUGCGCGUAUUGCUGUAUUUACGUAGGUCAGGUUGAUGAUUUACUAAGACCACACGGUCUAGGCGUGUGGGUCCAAGGAUGGGGAGAAGAGUUCGGCGAAAGCUUGAAUGGCGCCUGGGAAUUCGGGAGACCUAUUGCCCCCUUUGCGUCCCGCCAAAACACCUGCGGCAGUGGCUUCACUGCGCUAAGACUCGGGUGGAUGCGGUUCGACUUUGUUUCAUCUGACUCUCGCCAGCAGGUCUAUGGGGGCAACACCGGGAAUCGAACCAGUGAUGAGGCGCUCAUCCCAGACAACUACGAAUUCGGCUUACUGGACGUAGAAUGCUCCAUAUUCGGCAAGUUCUUCAGGAAGUUUCCCAAAUUCAUCUACUGGAAAUGUCCCCUAAACAAGACUGAAACACUCUCCAGACCCGCUCUAGGUCUGAAUAACCGACUCAGCUCUUUUUCCUGGCUAGAGCUGGAGAGACUAAGGAGCCGGAGUAAAAAAAAGCGGACGGGGAUCGUGAGCAAGGCGACAACAGUCCACAAUACGCCAAUUCCCAUUGAGUAUCCCCCGUGCCUGGACGAUGAGGUAUCGUGUUCCAAUGACAAUGUAUUUAGUGUCAAUGAAUCGAGCGUUCCGGAGAGAGGUUCUUCGGGGUCUUCUUCUGGUCUUUCAGUAUUAGAAAACGAACUGCAAGGGACCAAAGACAUUUACGGGAGUGACGAAACGGAGCAGACAAGAAGUAUGUGUUCUAAAGGGUUGGAAUGGGUCGUUGAGAGGAUGCUCCCUUACCAUAUACCGCCUUCGCCUUUGGAAGACACGGAUAUAAACUCGAACAGGAGCGUAACGGUGAAGCUCGAUUGCGAAGACAAACUCGUGCCCCAGGGGUGGCGCAGGAAUAGUGAACCGGAGGCAGACGGACGUGGUUUGACAAUGGAGCCACGGGACUGCCGUAAACGAGUUCGUCUAGUUGAUUUCGAGGACGAAGCGGCGUGGCCCCAGGACUACCGAACUACCGUCAUGGACUCACCUCGACCAGCCCUGGGAACCGAAAUAGGAAUCCGAGGGUGGACUAGAGGGAGUGGUCCAGACUUUGAAGGCGACACUCUGGAAGCUAUGGUCUUCAUUCAUGGUUACAAAACGCCCCUCCACGAAGCACCCUUGCUCCUGGGACAACUAAUUGCGCUAGGCGGGUUCCCCAAUAAGAUCAAGCCUUUCAUGUUUCUCUGGCCCGCAGGUACCGAGGUAUGGCACUACUACCAAGCCCGCCGGGCCUCCCACCAUUACUUGUGCCAAAGAGCCUUGAUUAUGUUCCUCAAAAGCCUUGCUAACAAUCGCGUAAAAAAUGUACAUAUACUAGCACACUCCAUGGGGUCCAGACUGUUCUUGAACAGCCUCAAAUAUGCUAAUAAAGAAAAGUUGUUUAUCGAGAACUAUGCAAAGAAUGAGAGCAUCGACGACUCCUCCACUUCGAGCCCUCGGUUGAAUCUGCUGAAUUUGGUGUUCCUACACCCGGAACAUUACUUGGAUGACUUUGUGUUGGGUGGCGGAUAUGAGGCGACUCAGCGGAUUGCGAGUCAGACGACAGUGUAUACGCAUGCAAGUGAUGAGGCUCUGGCGAGUGCAGAGUUAUUGAGCCGUGGACGGCGCUGUAUGGGUAAGCACCCUUUUGGCUAUGUGCGGGUUCAGCGACCGCAGGUUCCGAGAUCGCCGAUGGAGACACGUUCUACGACCAGCGUCACCGACGGCCCGACGCAAUUGGCGACCGACGUACCACCUGCCGAGCUGGCCGCCGAUGCCGAGUACGAAUGGCUAGACCUAGACGUCAUAGACUGCACCUACCUCGACGCAAAUGUGCACGGACUACGACACUGCUUCUUCAACAUCAAUGGCAGUGUCGUAGGCGACAUCCGCGAAUUACUUACGCAACGCAAUCGAGCAGCCGCCAGACAUAACACUCUCGAAAAACGAGAUGGGAACGUCUAUACCUUCCGCACACCACCCGUCGAACUCAACUCCAUCUUCGGUAUGUGA